GUCCUCUCAGCAGGGAGGAGAAAGGUAAACGAGUCAGACUAGUCAAGGAGGAGGAAAGAACAUUCUGAUGUUUGCAAUGUGAUAACACUUCGCACUGGUGUUUAAGGAACAGUACAACUGCAGCGUGAGUCAUCCAGUCUCAUGGAGGAGCAGGGUGCAGAAGUGAGUGUGGCAGAGGGGCCUCCUCUCCAUAGUGAGGGUCCAGAUGACAUCACUUUGGCCAAACAGAGAACCACGGGAAAGGUGGAGCUCCUAAGCACAGCCGCCCCAAGAGAAGGUGAAACCAAGUUUGAUGUUUGUCAGGAAAACUCUGCAAAAGUGCAGCCCUCGUCAGGGCACGCAUCAGAUGAGCAAAGUCAGCCACUGUCACCGUGUGCCACAGUCAUGUCUAUGAGGAGUGACUGGUGCGAUGAGGAAAUCCAAUUUAAAACAGAUGACUGCCUAGAUCAUCAGAAGACACGUGCUCCAGACCAGCUUGUUACUGGGGAAACCUCAGCCUGUGAUCGAAGGGAUCAGAGCCAUUCACCAUGCCCCUCUUGCAUGUCCAUGAAGAGUGAUCAGUCAAUGAAUACCCCCAUGACUAUAACAGGAGAGCAUACAGAGACAAGUUCUCAAACAGCCGAGCUUCUGUGUGAAGUUUGUCAGGAUUUGGCGCUAAAGUCCUGCCUGACGUGCCAUGCCUCCUACUGUGAGUUCCACACGAGGGAUCACUAUAAAACAGCACUGCAGAGACACAAGCUAGUGGAUGCCACUGGAGAUACAACAGCCCUGACAGAACAUCAGGAAAAGCAAAUGAACAAACCUGACUUUAAGGUGCCAAAAGUUCCUCCACCUGAUGGUCUUGCUGUGGAUGUGGAUCUAACAUCAGCAUCAGUGUCAUGGAGCAAACCACCAGGAGUAGCUCUGGCCUCAUACCUGCUCACCAUCAGCACUGGUGGGGAAUGUCUACAGACAGCAACUGUCACAGAUCUCCAAUACCGCUUUACUGAGCUGGACAUUGGUGGAGAAUACCUAAUCAGUGUUUCCACUGUGCUGGGAGAGAGACAUAGCAAACCCACCUCUAAAAUAAUUUGCAUUGGUAAGUCAAUGUAAUACGCG